AUGAACUUAAAAAUUUCUAUUCCUUAAGAAAAAUAAAUUUAUGAGUUUGCAUACGAUGAGAAUACAAACCCUUUUUAAAUUUCUUCAAUAAUUUGUUAAGUUGUUUUAUUACCAAAAGCAAUAAUCCCAACCACAACUAAAUUUUUUGAUGAAAAUAAUUAAGAGCUUGAUCUCUAAAAAACAUUAUAAGAUUAAGGAAUUAGUCCAUAAAAGUAAAUUUAUUUUUAUUAUUCUCAAUCAAUAAAGAUCCAAUGUCUUUGUAAUAACUAAAAUUUUAUUUGUGUAGUAAAUUCUCUAAAAAAGAUUGGAGAUUAUUCAAACACUUAUAAGUAAAUAAUGGCAUAGGCAUAUUCAUAAUAUAAAAUGGUAGUUUUAUACUAAGGUAAACCUUAAAAUUUAGAAACUUAUUGGUUUGAAACAGGAAUUAAUGAUUCUAGUUUAGUUGAGUUUAAAAUUUUAUUGCCUCUUCAAUUAACUUAUUUCUAGGACCAUUUUUAAGAAUAUAUUCCAUCCACUUGGAAAGUACAUUAAAUAAUUACUCACAUAAUUGAAAAAAAAUAAAUAAAGGAAAUCAUACAAAUCACUUAAAAGAAUAAAAUUAUUGAAUAUGAUCUUGAAUUAUCUUAAUUAUAUUCGAAUCUUAAUAAUUGGUAAAUAGAAGAUGUAAAAGAACCAAGUUACUAAAUUCAAUUGAAAGAUGGAACAUUAAAAAUAGUUAAAAUUUAAUCUAAAAAAAAAGUAGGUGAUUUAUGUGAAUUAAUAAAAAAAGAAUUUAAUAUUCUAAAGAGUGUGAAUCUUGAAUUAUAAUAUGGAUUAAUAACAUUAAAUAAUCAAACUUUUAUAAUAGAUCAAAUGAUUUUAAAUAAUAGUGUACUUAUAGUAAAUAAUUAAAAUUUAGUAUUUAAUGAUUAAUUUCAAGAAAAAAUCAAUAAUUAGAUUAAUGAUAAUAAUUAAGAAAAAGUUAUUAAUUAAAUUGAGCCUAAAUAAAAAUAGUUAGAUAGUAAAUAAAAUAAUGAAGUAGAUAUUAAAUCUGAUGAUAGACUAUAAAUCAUUUUGUUAAAUAAAAAAAACAAAUAAUAAAUUUUAUGUAAGAUAGUUUAAAAAUCAGAAGAAAUUAAUUGUUUAGAUUAAUAAAUAAUUCCUUGUGAGAUGAGAGAUAAAUUCAUUAUAUAAUAUUUUCAAGGAAAUAAUAAACCAAUUAAUAAUAUUACUUUUGGAGAUUUAGAGAAAGAUUAAAAAAAUAAUAUAAAAAUAGAAUUUUUAAUAUAAAAGUAAAAGCCAAUACUGAAAAACAUUAGUAGUUUUAGUUAAAUCUAUGAAUUUUAAUUCAUAUAUAAUAGUUAACUUAUAAAAGAGAAAGUUGAUAUUACAAAAACUUUAUAAAAGAUAGAAAACUAGAUAAAAUAAAAAUACAAUAUACCUGAAUUGUAUUCAUUAUUUUCUGAGGGUUCUUUUGAUGAAAAUCAAACAAUAAUUGCUCUUGGUCUUUAAUAAUUAAAUAUAAUUUUUGAAUUCAAAUCUAGAAACCCUGAUACUAGAACUUUUCAAACAAUUAUUUAUCCAAAUAAAGUCUAAUUAAUUUCUUAAAUAUCAUAAAUCUAAAAUGUUUUUUAAUUACGUGAAAGAAUAAAAAAAGAAUAUUUAAAAGAAAAUGAUCAAGCCAUAAUUUAAAUUAAAUUCAAUUAAUAAAAUUUGCAUGAUAAUUAAUAAUUAAGUGAAUUAGUUAAAGAAAAUAAUACAUAAAUAUUUGAGGCAACAAUUUUAGAUUAAUUUGAAGUUAAAUUUCAAGGUCUAAAUUAAUAUAAACUGACUGAUUAAGUUUAUGAAGAUUAUUUAAUUAAAGAAUCUGUUAUAUGUUUAGGUCUAUAAGAGUAUGAUUUUUUUAAUAGAUAAAAUCCAAUAAAAAUUGAGAAUUCUUUUUAAUUUUAUAAAAUUAAUAAAUAAAAUUAAGUAAUAGAAUUUCAAAAGAAAACUAAUAAUUAAUAAAGGCCAGAAAACAAUAGAUAACAGGGUAAUAAUACUUAAGAACAUUUAAGAGUAGAAUAAAAUAAUACUUCUAAGAACAAUAAUUAAGUUGUUUAGGAUGAUAAAUAAAUUAAAUAAUGA